AAACCGUAUUGCAACCUUUGCUGCAGUUCCCGAGUCGAAGCUGCUUUGUGAAGUGUCCCCGCAGAGUGGAUUUUAUUAACUGUUGAUGAAAAUCAGCAUCAGUGUGAUCAUUUUAGUCAAAGAGAGUUUGGUGGUUUGGCGGGAGAGGGAAUAUGGAUCCUCCCACGUGUCAUUCAACCCGGCCGAUCCACAGCGACUGAGGAUCCCGAAACUAUACAAAUGCUAAGGAAACUGAUGACAGUCAUGAUAGAAAUCAGCAAUUCUCUGUAAUCUCAAUAGUAUAGCAACGUAUUUUAAACGGAACAUCCACCACAGGUCUGUUAAACCUGUAAAUGUGUUGCGUCCCUAGCUACAGUUUAUUUCCUCUCCAGACUCCCAGAAGAUAUUUCUAAAUGUUAGACACGUACCGAAGAAACUUGUAUACAGCAUGGCAGAGGACUCGGCGCGAAAAGCUACAACUGGCGACACGGAGGAAAAUUACGAAACGUACCUGCAUGACGUCCUCGCGGAUCUGGGUAUACAGCUGAGCCCCGGUGGAAUGGGAAUCGUGGAGAUCGACCGCACGCCGUCUGACGAUGAAGUUCCCGGCGGCGGCCUGUUGUGUUUGGCCGAUUCUCCUCCAGAGGCUACUGAAGGCGACAAACCUACGCGGAGGGGAAAUGCGGCGAAGAAAAGGAAGACAGCCAAGACCGACUCUAAAGCUUCCGAGACAUUUAAUGACAUCUCGACUGACGAAGACGCAGUGAAAUCCCCUGUCUCAAGCGAGGAAUCCGUGGGGCAGCCUUCCACGUCGACCCGAAGCCCGGAGAGGAAGAGGAAGCGGAAAGCCUACGAGGUGGAUAAGCCCUUUCAGGAUCCGGAGCGCGAGCGGAGGAGAAUGAAUGCGAUCACUGCCAGGAGGAACAGGGAAAAGAAGAAGAGGGAAAUUAAAGGCCUCCGCGGAAACGUCCGGAACCUCAGUCAUGUCAACCGCCAGUGCAACAAGGCGCUGAGGCGAACGAACGCAGACAUCCAGAAGCUCUAUGAACAGCUGGCGUCUUCGAGACGACUCAACGCGUCCCUGCAGGAAACGAUCGACCAGAAGGAGAAGGAGCUCCGAGGCCGCCGCGAGAAGUUCCUGCUGUUCCGCGGCCACCUCGAGCUCAUCGGUGCCAGCCUCGACGACGACAACCCGGCCAAGAAGCUGAUCGCUGGCCUACUGAAGACGUUGCCGGCGGAAACUGAUGCCGUCUGAGAGACUCUCCCAUUAUCACGAUGCCAUCCUUCGAGAUGUCUUCAAUAUGGGUACAUGCCCUUGACACACACACA